UUACUUCUGCACUUUGGUUGGACAUGGGUUGGAUUGCUUGCUAGUGGAGACAGUGGAGAGAGAUUUAUUCAGACGCUGAAACCUCUGCUCUACCAGAAAGGUUUCACCCCUUUCUGAGUGUAACCCAAGUUGUCCUCCUGGUUCCAGCAAGGAGAAGAAGGAGGGGGAGCCAUUCUGCUGCUAUGAUUGUGUUCCAUGUCCUCAAGGCAAGAUUUCAUCCCAGAAGGUAUUAUUCCAAAGAACUACCAGCAUAUUCUGGCCUUGGUAUUUGCUGUCAAGGAGAUCAACGAGAACCCCAAGAUCUUACCCAAUAUUACACUGGGAUUCCACAUCUAUGACAAUUACUUUGAUGAAAGGAUGACCUACUGGGCUGCUCUGAACUUUCCCUCGACACUUAUACCCAACUACAAGUGCAACAUCCAGAGACACCUGGUGGCAGUUAUUGGGGGACUGGACUUUGAUACCUCUGUCUACCUGGCAAACAUCUUGGGCGUCUACAAGAUUCCCCAGCUCACUUAUGGCUCCUUUGCUCCAGAAGAUCCUGGUCAAAGCCAAUCUACUUCCUUCUACAGGAUGGUGCCCAAUGAAGCCCAUCAGCACACUGGGAUUGUUGAGUUACUUCUGCACUUUGGUUGGACAUGGGUUGGGUUGCUUGCUGCAGAAAGUGGAGAGAGAUUUAUUCAGACCCUGAAACCUCUGCUCUCCCAGAAAGGCAUUUGCUUGGCCUUUGCAGAAACAAACCUGAAAACGACACAUUUGGCUGCGUACUAUGCCAUGUAUUUCCAGCUGGUCCAAAUUUAUCAAGCUAUUCUGGAAAGUAAAGCCAAGGUGGUGGUUGUCUAUGGAGGAACAAAGUCCAUGCUUACAUUGCGAACAAUGGUAGCACUAGGUGAAAUGGAAAUCGUGACCAAGAUAUCUGUUGGCAAGGUGUGGAUUCUGACGGCACAACUGGAUUUCACAGCAUUGAGCCAUCAAAUGAACUGGGAUAUGCAAGCCUUCCAGGGUUCCCUCUCCUUUGCAGUUCAUUCAAAUGUGGUACAAGGAUUCAAAUUCUUUCUUGGGGCACAAAAUCCUUUUGAGGCAAAUGGAAAUGGCUUUGUCAAGCAGAUCUGGGCACAAGUAUUUCUCUGUUCAUUUCCAAACUCCAGUACAGAGGAGCAGGCCAGUGGAACCUGCACUGGAGAGGAGAAGCUGGAGAAUCUCCCUUCAUCUGGUUUUGAGAUGAGCAUAACUGGCCACAGCUACAGUAUCUAUACUGCUGUCUAUGCCAUAGCACAUGCUCUACAUGCCAUGUUCCUGCCUGGAGCCAAAUACAGGAGAAUGGUGGAAGGAGAGAUGCAGGAGCUUCAGCCUUGGCAGCUCCACCCCUUUCUUAGGAGUGUCUCCUUUAACAACUCUGCUGGGGAAACGGUAUCUUUUAGUGUGAACAGGGAAGUAGAAGCUGGCUUUGAUAUCACCAACCUGGUCACUUUUCCAAAUAACUCCUUCAUGAGAGUCAAAGUUGGAAGGGUAAGUGGGGAGGCUGCCACAGGCCAGGAAUUCACCCUUGAUGACAACAGAAUGGUGUGGCACAGAAGCUUUCAGCAGGUUUCACCCCUUUCGCUAUGUAACCCAAGUUGCCCUCCUGGUUCCAGGAAGGAGAAGAAGGAGGGGGAGCCAUUCUGCUGCUAUGAUUGUGCUCCAUGUCCUCAAGGCAAGAUUUCAUCCCAGAAGGAUAUGGAUGACUGUGUUGGGUGCCCCAAAGACCACUAUCCAAACAUGGAACAAUCGCAAUGCAUUCCAAAGACCAUCAGCUUCCUGUCUUUUAAAGAGCCUCUGGGGAUGAGCUUAGCAUUGUUUGCUCUUUCUCUCUGUCUCCUCACAGUGGUGGUCCUAGUCAUCUUCAUUAAACAUCAGGACACACCCAUUGUCAGAGCAAACAAUCGAGACCUCACCUACGCUCUCCUCACUUUCCUCCUGCUCUGCUUCCUCUGCCCAUUGAUCUUCCUCAGGCCUCCAGAAAGAGUGAGCUGCCUGCUCCGACAAAUGGCUUUUGGCCUUGUUUUCACAGUGACCGUUUCUUGUGUGCUGGCCAAGACUAUCACGGUGGUUCUGGCCUUUGUGGCCACCAAACCAGGAUCCAGAAUGAGGAAGUGGGUGGGGAAAAGUCUGGCAAGCUCUAUUGUGAUUUCUUGUUCCCUUAUCCAAGCAGGCAUUUGUUCUGUGUGGUUAGGAACCUCUCCCCCAUUCCCUGAUUCUGACAUGCACUCUGUGAUGAGAGAAAUCAUUCUAGGCUGCAAUGAAGGGUCAGUUGCCCUGUUUUACUGUGUCCUGGGCUACAUGGGCUUUUUGGCCAUUGUCAGCUUUGUAGUGGCCUUUUUUGCCAGGAAACUGCCUGAGAGCUUCAAUGAGGCCAAAUUCAUCACCUUUAGCAUGUUCUUGUUUUGUAGUGUUUGGAUCUCCUUUGUUCCAGUGUACCUGAGCACCAAGGGGAAAUACAUGGUGGCUGUGGAGAUCUUCUCCAUCUUGGCCUCCAGUGCUGGGAUACUGGGCUCCAUCUUUGCUCCCAAAUGCUACAUCAUUGUGUUGAGGCCUGAUCUGAAUAGCAAGGAACAGUUAAUAAAAAGGAAGUUGUAAAUUAUA